UGUUAUAUACGGGCGAACACGUUUUUCGAAAAAAUACCAUGAUAAUUACAGAUUUCCUGUAGUGUUUUUAUUAUUUAAAGGUAACAAUAUUAAAUGUGAUCAUGGGUAAACGCGGACAUAAUGCAAAAGCGCGACAAGUCGUCAAAACAAACAUUGAUAACACAGAAACCAAUGAGAUAAAAGUAGAGUUUUCCCACAAUGAGUAUGGCACUGCAGAUGCAAGCAAUCUCCUGGUUCUGCCUUCCAAGAAAAGGGAUACAAAAAUUGUGUCGGAAAAAAAGGAGAAAACAAGAUUUCUUUCUAAAGCCCAAAGGAAGAGGCUUGAGAAAAUAGUAGAGAAGAAAAAGAAGAAAGAAAACAGGGCAGCUCUCCUUGAAUCUCUGUCGCAAGUACAAGCGUCGCCCAAUGAAGUGAGUCAAAUGACAACCAUCUCUGCGAUGCAGACACUCGGUCUGAGGAAGCUCAACGAAUACAAUUUGGAGGCUCCAGUUGUACAAAAUGAAACCACUGAAAAGAAGUUUAGCAGUAUUGCAGGGGCAAAAAAGAGGUUAAGACUUUUAAAACUUGAAAGAUCAGAGAAAAUAAAGAAGGCAAAACAUGACCCAAAUGUGGUAGGAUUAGAGGAAUCUUCAGACGAAGAAGACAGUUCAGAAUCUGAAUCAGAAGGCGAACCAGAGGUUGUUGAAACUCCAGUAGAAACAUUAGACAUAGAAAAAAAACCUAAAAAUGAACCAGAAACUGAGACGGAGCCCACAAAAAUAGAAGACGUUGAUAAAAAUGUACCAAAAGAAAAUAAGUCAAAGAAAAAAGGUAAAAAACCAACGGAAGAAUUGAAGGUAGAAAAGAAACCACUUCUGCAACAUCCCACAAUACACAUAGAAGUGAAAAGAGACCCUAAAAUCCAAGUGGCUAGGUUGAAAUUGCCAAUUUUGGGGGAAGAACAGAGAAUCAUGGAGCUGGUAAAUGAAAAUGAGUUUCUUAUUAUUGCUGGUGAAACUGGCAGCGGUAAAACAACACAGUUACCUCAAUUCCUAUAUGAAGCUGGUUACGCUGAGCAUAAGAUGAUAGCCGUGACGGAGCCGCGACGAGUGGCCACCGUGGCUAUGGCCGCCAGAGUGGGCCAUGAACUGGGUCUGAGCAGCAAAGAGGUUUCUUACCUGAUGCGGUUCGAGGGUAACGCUACAAAGGACACGAAGAUCAAGUUUAUGACCGAUGGUGUCCUGCUAAAAGAAAUACAAUCAGACUUUCUACUCAGCAAGUAUUCAGUAGUAAUAAUCGACGAGGCCCAUGAGCGGAGUGUGUAUACAGAUAUACUUCUCGGUUUGCUAUCGAGGAUUGUUCCUCUGAGGAGAAAACGUGGGAAUCCCCUGAGGCUUAUUGUCAUGUCUGCUACCCUCAGAGUGGAAGACUUUACGGAGAACACCAGGCUGUUUAAAGAACCACCACCAGUUAUAAAGAUAGACUCGAGGCAGUUUCCAGUGACUGUUCACUUCAACAAACACACAUACAGUGAUUAUUUGAAAGAAGCCUACAAGAAAACAGUGAAAAUACACACGAGACUCCCCGAAGGAGGUAUUCUGAUAUUCGUUACUGGACAAAAAGAGGUAAAUUACUUAGUCCGCAAGUUGAAAGCGUCGUUCCCGUACCGCAAAGACGUGGAUUACUCCAAGAUCAUCACGAAGACUAAAGCCGUCAGCGACGCCGACGCCGCUUUGGACUCCGAGCCUGAUGAUAUCGAAUCUGAUGAUGAUGAGGUAGAGAGAGAAAUGAAACGCGCGAGGAAAGCCAGGCGGAAAGCCAAGCAGAAAAAGAAAUCGUUGCCCAAGAUCAACUUGGAUGAUUACGAUAUGCCGGAUGAUGAUGGCCAAGCUGACUUGGUGGAUGGAGACGACGAUAGCGAGGGACACUUGAGCGAUUCUGACGCAGAAGAAGACACCCUAGCGCCCGCCAUAAAGUCCUGCCGGCAGCCAUUAUGGGUGCUCCCUCUAUACUCCAUGCUGAACUCGGCCAAGCAAGCCAGGGUCUUCGCUUCAGCACCGCCUGGUGCGAGAUUAUGCGUGGUCAGCACUGAUGUCGCUGAGACCUCGCUUACCAUACCCGCUGUGAAGUAUGUGGUGGAUACUGGGAAGAAGAAAAUGAGAGUAUACGACCACGUCACCGGCGCGAGCGCAUGGCGCAUAGUGUGGACGUCUCAAGCGAGCGCUGACCAGAGGUCCGGUCGCGCUGGCCGAGUGAGCAGCGGCCACGCUUACAGAUUGUACAGCACCGCUGUCUUCCAGCACGACUGUCCGCCGCAUUAUCAGCCGGAUGUCUGCCGUCGGCCGGUGGAUGAUCUGGUGCUGACUAUGCACGCUAUGGGCAUUGAUAAGGUGGUGAACUUCCCGUUCCCAACGGCUCCAGAUAGAAUGCAGCUGCGUCUAGCAGAGAAACGGCUCGAGACUCUUGGGAUAUUAGAAAAAGCUGAAUCAAAAAGAAAAGACGAAGAAGACGUAUUGAAAGUGACUCCACUUGGCAAGGCAGUGUCGGCUUUCCCUUUGCUUCCUCGGUACGGCAAGAUGUUGGCACUCAGCCAUCAGCAGAACCUCCUCCCGUAUACCAUUGCGUUGGUCUCUGCGUUGACUGUUCCUGAGGUGAUGUCCGGCAAAGCGGACAGCUGGCCGGCGACUGGCAACACUCUACUGCUCGGCGACCCCGGAGUAUUGCUAAGGGCGGUCGGCGCUGCGGAAUACGCUUACAUGAAUGGAGAGGAAGAGCUGUUCUGUGCCAAAUAUGGGCUGAGAGAAAAGGCCAUCAAAGAAAUCCGCAAGCUCCGCAAGCAGUUGACCUCCGAGAUCAACCUCAGUAUAGCGGGUGCGGCGGCGGCCCCGGCGCUGCAGCCGCCGGCCGACGCACAGGCGCGCCUGCUGUGCCAGCUGCUGCUCAGCGGGCUGGGAGACCAGGUGGCUCGGAAGAUAGGCCUCGAGGAGGUCAAGGAAGGCGAAGAUAAACGCAAAUUCAAAUACGCGUACCACUGCGGCGACUUAGAAGAACCAGUGCACCUUCACUCUGAGUCUAUUCUUCGGAAGACAAUCCCCGAAUGGGUGGUGUACCAGGAGUUGUAUGAAACUGGCUCGGAGGACCGACGCAAGAUGGUGAUGCGAAACGUGACCGCUAUUGAGCCGGAGUGGUUGCCGGUUUAUGUGCCGCAGCUUUGUAAUUUAGGUGAACCGCUGUCAGACCCGGAGCCCCGAUUCGACGAGCUGUCAGGGCGGGUGAAGUGUCAUUUCCAAGGGACCUUCGGCCGCGCGGGGUGGGAGCUGCCUGUUACUGAGAUCGACUACCCGGACAAAAUAGAGCGGUAUAGAUGGUUCGCCAGAUUCCUGUUAGAAGGGGCGGUAUUUCCCAAGCUUCAGAAGUACGCGUCGUCCCUCCUAUCGCCACCGUCUACCAUGAUCAAGAGCUGGGCGAAGUUACAACCACGAACGGAGAUCUUGUUGAAGGCACUGAUCAUGAAGAGAGCGGGCACUAGAGACGCGUUGAAGAAAGUUUGGGAAGAGGAGUCUAAUUAUUUGCUGGACGAAUAUUUGAAAUGGCUGCCUGAGUCGGCGCACAACGAAGCCACCUUAUACUGGCCUCCUCUAUGAUUCGUAGAAAUUUAUGUAAAUAGUGUAAAUAAAUUAUUGUUAAAACAA